UUGAAUUAAUGUAACUACAGUACAGUGGAUAUCGAAAAGGUCCCUUCUUCACAAUUUUCCCAAACCAAAUUCCAAUUAUAAACCCUUCACGGCCAUGGCCUCCUCUGCACCAGCCACAAUCGUGUGACAGAGAAAUGAGAAUUUUACAACUCCUGUGGCAGAAGCCGGCUAUUAUAUCAUCAAACACUCCACUUUCAUUUGGCCCUUUCAAUUCCACAACCCAAAUCCGGUGGAAGAAACCCGCAAACACUGCCCAAACCCGACUGGAGAACCGGACCCGCGACCCUAAUCUUGACAAACUCACAGGACACUACCGGAGACUCAAACUCAUCCUCAACCUCUACGACGUCGUAUCUGCAAGAAAACGCGGUCCUUUUAUCUCAGUUCAGUCACUCUCCAAAUGGGCCCCACAUGCCGGCAUUAACACCAUUACCGCCGGUGAUCUUCUCCGGAAAUACCCUCAUAUUUUCGAGGUAUUUACACACCCCAUUAGGCGAAAUUUAUGCUGCAGGUUUAGGGAGAAAUUUGUCAUUUUGCUGAAGCAAGAAGAUGAUGCUAUAUCACAAAAUGAACAUGAAAAUGUGAUGAGAAUAAAGAAGCUUUUAAUGAUGUCUGUUAAUGGUACAAUACAUUUGCAUGCUCUUAGAUUGUUGAGGACUGAAUUGGGUUUGCCCGAAAACUUCAGGGACUCGAUUAUUAUUAAGUAUGAUGAAGUUUUUAGGAUGGUAGAUUUAGAGAUUGUUGAAUUAAUUGAUAGAAAUGAAAGAGAUGAGAGUUUUGGGGUGGCAAAGGUUGAAUCUUGGAGGAAAAAGGAAUAUACUGAGAAAUGGUUGAGUGAAUUUGAGGUCAAAUAUGCAUUUCCUAUUGAUUUCCCUACUGGAUUUAAGAUAGAACCAGGUUCUAGGGAGAAGUUGAAAAAUUGGCAAAGGCUUCCUUAUGUUAAGCCUUACGAAAGAGAACUCACCUAUCACUGGAAUCGGCAGAACACUGAAACAAUGGAACCAUCUGCAAGGUGUGAUGAGUUAAUGUCGAGGUCAGCAGUUGUUGGGAAGCGUACUUUUGGAGGUGUUGAGCGGUAUGAGAAGCGAGCUGUGGCGAUUAUUCAUGAAGUUUUGAGCUUGACUGUUGAGAAGUCGGUGCCAGUCGAAAGGUUGGCACAUUUUAAGAAGGACCUCGGCAUUGUAGUUAAUAUUCGUGAGCUGUUGUUGAAGCAUCCUGGGAUAUUUUACAUAUCUACUAAAGGGAUUACUGAGAUUGUUUUUCUUAGAGAAGCAUACAGUAAAGGGUGUUUGAUUGAGCCCAACCUUAUUUAUGAUUUGAGAAGAAAUAUGUUGGAGCUUCUCUUGUUAGGAAACCGUCAUACAAGAGAGUUGAGAACGGAAAGGGAACCCAAGGAUGAAACUAAAGACAUGUCAGGCAAUGAAAAUGGAUGGGAAAGCAGAGAGGGCGACUUUGUUAUUCCAAUUUUAGAGAGUUUUACUGAUCAUGAGGACAAUGACAAUUUGAACUAGAAUGGUUACUUCUCUAAGGCGAGCUGAUUGAAUUUCUGAGAUGGAAAUCAGUGAAGAGAGUGUAGGUAUUGUAAGAUGAAAUUUUCUGCAAACUGACAGAUAAAUCAUGUGUUUGUGCUUCUCUGCUGUACUAUACUUGCCAGGAACCUUUGUUAUUUCAGUUGGUGUCUGUGCUGAAAGAUAAUGGAUUCUUCCUUGUUUCUAAUUAUGUAUAAUCUCUAGCGUUGUAGCUUUUGUUCAUAUCAGAUAAAUGCAAUAUUCCAGUUCUAUUUUUGUCA